UAUUAGCUAGCACUCGCUCACAGUAUUCUCUGUAAAAGGGGAAGACGGCAAAAAACCAAGAAAACUAAGCUACAUCUGGAUUGCUCAAGGACUGUAGUUACUUAAAAAACUAUAACUCCCAAGCAAGGACUAGUUAAAUUUGACAUCACAAUCCUACAGAUUAAAAUUUCUGUUGUUGGUAUCUGUUGUCUCAUUAUGGAAGAGAACGGUGCACACUUCUUCGAAGGGACCGAGAAGCUGUUGGAGGUGUGGUUCUCCCGGCAAGAUGAGACCAAAGGAACAGGGGACCUCCGCACCAUCCCGAGGUUUGAGUGGGACAAACUUCUGGAGAAUGUGCAUUGUUUGAUCAUUAGUGUGACAAAGACUGACAAGCAGGAAGCAUAUAUACUCAGUGAGAGUAGCAUGUUUGUCUCCAGGAGACGUUUCAUUUUGAAGACAUGUGGAACCACCCUCUUACUGCAAGCACUGGUGCCUCUGCUGGAGCUGGCCAGGGAGUACUGUGGCUUCGACACCAUCGAGAAUUUCUUUUAUUCUCGCAAGAACUUCAUGAAGCCAGCACACCAGGAAUUCCCCCACCGGAACUUCCAGGAGGAAGUGGAAUUUCUCAGCCAGAUCUUUCCGAAUGGAGCAGCCUACUGCAUGGGCCGUCUGAAUUCUGAUUGCUGGUACCUGUUUACUCUGGACCUGCCUGAGUACUGGGAGAGCGAGCAUCCGGAUCAGACGCUGGAGGUUCUGAUGAGUGACCUGGAUCCAGCGGUCAUGGACCAGUUUUACAUGAAAGACGGUGUUUCCGCUAAUGACGUCACUCGUAUGAGUGGAAUUCGUGACCUGAUACCAGGUUCUGUGAUUGACUCCACAAUGUUCAACCCUUGUGGAUACUCGAUGAAUGGAAUGAAAACGGAUGGAACUUACUGGACGAUCCACAUUACCCCCGAGCCAGAGUUCUCGUACGUGAGCUUUGAAACCAACCUUUCCCAGACAUCCUAUGACGAUCUGAUCCGUAAAGUGGUGGAUGUCUUCAAGCCAGGGAAAUUUGUGACUACGCUUUUUGUUAACCAGAGCUCCAAAUGUCGCAGUGUUUUCUCUUCCCCGCAAAAACUCGAGGGCUACAAGCGUCUUGAUCGCCAGCUGGCCCAGUUCAACGAUUACAAUUUCGUCUUCAACAGUUACAUCAAGAACCGCCAGCAGAACCAGCAGAGCUGAACACCAACCAUGAAGAAGAAACGCAAAAAGAAAGCCGGCCGCGCACGACUGGUGUCCUGCCGCGUCGCCGGGCUUUGUCCUCCACCGGAGGAGAACCCCCCUCCUC